AAAAUAAAAAGAUAUCAAAAGAUUUUAUGAUUAAAGUAUUUUAAAGAUUCUAUGUAUUAUUAGUCUUAAUAAAAUACAUUUAAUAAGAUUUUUAAUUGAUGGUCCAAAUUAAAAAAAAAAUCACACAUGAAAGAAGUCAUGACUUCUCUUUUAAUAUAUAAGAUUAAUUUGGUCUACAUUAAAAAGAGUAAUUAAUAUACAAAAAAAACAAAACAAUAGCUGAAAUGAACAAACCGUACCUAAAUGGAUAGUCAAUGUUCAUGUCUAACUGAUUUUAUAAACUAAUAAAAAGAAUUCUUGUAUGAAUUUGGCUAAAUUAAGUGAAAUAGAAAUAUUUUUUUUUUAGUAAAAUAAUUAUGUGGAGUGAAAAAUUAAGUGACAAUAAAUGUUAUUUAUUUUUAUUAUUUUGAUUUAAAUUAUUAUUUUAUUCACAAAAAUAUGUCUUAUUACAUUUUUCUUAUUUUUGAUUUAAGUUAUUGUCUUGCUAAAUCAAACGUAUCUAACAUACCACUUUCUGAUUUCAUCUAAUUUUCAUCCAAAAACUGAUAUCAACCACUAAUACAAUUUACAAAUAACUAAAAAACAUAAAAACCAUAAAUUUAAAAAUCUAUGAAGUUAUAAUAACUGGGCGGGUCGAGAUCUAGUUUUGUUCAUUAAAAAUAAAGAAAAUCUAUCAUGUUUAGUUUUGGCAUUGUAGUACUUUGUAAAUUAGGAAGACACAUUGACUAACAUGCAUCAAGAUAUUUUAUCUGCAAAAGAGGAACAUCUUACAUAGCUAUUAUUAUAUUAUUGAAUGAGGAAAUAUAUAUAUGUAAUUAUCUAUAUAUGUUUCAAUAUUAUUUUAGAAAAACUUUGUAAAAAGCUACAUCAGAUGAGGAAAUAUAAUUAUGAUAUUCACUUAUGUUUUCUUCAUUGCGCAAAGUAUUUAUAACAAGAGAGAGAUUUAACUUUGGCAAGAUAACAACUAUAUAAUAUAUACUAAUGGGUAAUCCUUACUUCUAAGUAUGUUUAAGGGCGCAAAAUAGAAUUUUUGAUUUUUUAGUUAGGACUGCAAAGUAUUUUCAUAAAGAGCUCUGUUUUAUUGGUUGUCAUAUUUCGGUCUAGUUAUUCAAACUAACUCAAAUUUGAGUAAUAGAAUAGUAUUUCGUUGUCAAAAAAGAAAAUAAUAUUUAAAAUUAUAGAAAUUUUAAUAGAAAAAACUAUCAUAGUGAAACAAAGUUUAGUAUCGGGGAUGAUUGGUAAGUGCUGUAGCUUUAUAUUUUUUGCUGUAGAAUUUAAUCUGUAGAUUUAUUUGCUGUAACUUUCUUUGCUGUAGAUUUCUAAAGCACUAAUUUUUUGCUCUGGAAAUAAAGCUCUCUACAGCCAUAUUUUGAUUUUUCAGAGAUUUUUUUGCUGUGAGUUUUUUAAGGAAAGCAAAGCUCGAUUGGUUGACAUAUAUAGCUGUAGAUUAAAUUUUGGCUGUCCAGAGCAUCUACAGCCCCAACCAAUCAUCCCCAUAAUAUUCUCUUGAAAGUGUUGGACAGAAUAUGUUUCUUUAUAAAUCACUUAUGCGACACAUUCCACCGUAUUUUCUAAAUGGAAAUUCCAUUAAAUACUCUAAUUAAUUUUAUUAAACUUUUUAAUACCUAUAACUAUUUUGCUACCAUGUUUGAUACUUUAAUUAAUUAUUCUUCUUAUUUUAAUACACAACAUUUUUAAUAUUCAAAAUUUGUUUAUUUUAGUUAAAAUAUUAAUAAGUUCCAAAUAAAAUUCAAUAGAUAUCCAAAUCCUAAGAAAAAAGUCUUAAAACUUUCUAAUUUUAUUUUAAGUUAUAGAAUAGAAACUUAGAAACUUUAAAAAAUUAAUUUUGAAGGAAAUAUAUAAUUUUUUUCUAUUUCAAAAAAUAAACUAAAUUCGCUAUUUAAAACUCAAAACUUCUAUUACACAAUUUAAGAUCAUCCACAAUUUAGUUACUUUUAUAUCUAAAACAUGAAAUAAAAUGAAAUUUUUUUAAUGAUUUUUAUGAUUUUAAAUGUCAUUUAAAAUUUAUUAAUAUUUAUGAUUAAAAUAAACAUAGUUUAAGCAUUAAAAUAGAAAUAAUUUUGAAAGUUUAUUAAAUGAACAGAAUAAUUACUUGAAGUAUUAAAUUGGGUAUCGGAAAAAAAUUGAGUAUUAAAAGUUUUAACAAAAUUUAGUUGGAAUAUUUUUAUUAAAAUUUACUUUUCUAAAUGUUGUAGUGAGAAGCUUAUAGGUAAACAAAUCAUCUGAAAUAUCACAUAACUACAUAUAAUGGAUGGAUAUCAGCUUCAUCAAUUUUCUUGAUUCUCGAGUGUAUGAGUAUUGGGCUACGUGAGGCCCAAAAGAUUAAUACCUUAAGAGACACGCAUAAAAUCUACUUCUUUCACUUCCAAUUCGCGGACUCUUCCGGCCGUUAAUCGCCGCCUACCUUCACAGCUUCUCAUAAACCUGGUUUCGUCUUCUUCACUGUGAAAGAUGCAGAAAGAUGAGGCUAUAUGGCACAAUAUCAAAUACAUACACUGCUGUUAUAUGGCCAAGUAUGUCUCUUUUUCUCUCCUCACUCUUUUGUCUGUCUCAGAUUUUGUCUGAAAUUUGGUUUUACUUGUAGAACCGAAACCGGAAUCUUCUGCAGAAACCCUUAUAAUGUAACUAGUAUCUGCAGUCAAAGCUCUUGUCCUCUCGCCAACAGUCGCUAUGCCACCAUCCGUGACCACGAUGGAGUGUUUUAUUUGUAUACGAAGACUAUAGAGAGAGCUCACACGCCGAAGCACUUGUGGGAGAGAAUUAAGCUGCCUAGAAACUAUGAGAAGGCACUUGAACUCAUUGAUAAGCACUUGUUGUAUUGGCCCGAGAUGUUGCAGCACAUGGUUAAACAAAGACUAACCAAAUUGAAUCAAAUGCGUAUUCGAAUGAGAAUACUUGCUCUCGAAACAAGGUCAAUUUAUUUUGUGUGUUCGAUAUGUUAUUUGAUUCACACAAUAUGUCUUAAUUUUUUUUUGUUUUUGUUUUUUUUUUGGAAUCAAAGGGAAAAGAUAAUGUCUAUGCCUAUGCCUAGGAGGGAAAUAAAAAGAGAGGCGAGAAGAGAGGAAAAGACUGGAAUAGCAGCGGCCAUUGAAACCAAGUUGUUAGAACGUUUGAAGAAUGAUGUUUACUACCCUGACAUACUCAAUUACCUUGAAAACAAUGUUCAAGCUGAAGAAGAAGAGGAAGAGGAGCCAGAGAUUGAAUAUGUUGAAGGCUAUGGUGAACUCGAGAAAGAAGAAGAAGAUAUGGAAGAUUUUUAUGGCUUCCUAUUUAAGGAGUCUCACCUUGACGAUCAUGGCUCGGAAGAUGAGGAUGGUGAUGACGCUGCGGAGCAAGUUGUGAUUCAUAGAAAAGGAAGAGCUUUAAAGAAGUCUGAUGAUAAUGGAAAGUCUAAAGAAGAAACCAAGAGUAGUUGUUGUUGAGGUGAGGUUCCACAAGUUGGCUUUAAGUUGUGCAUACUUUUGUGUCUACAAUUUUCAGUAGUAUUUUCUUACAUAUCUGUAUGUCUUAUAGGUCGAGCAAGAAAGUGGAGAUACAAGGCAAAGCCUGAAUCUUUGAGAAGAAAGUUGAAGUGCUGAUUCUUUUUAAGUUAACUAGAGAAUGCAAAAUUUUAAGGCCUUUGGUUUUGUAUUUAUUCUAGUAGAGGCUAAUAAGCUGAGAUGUUUUUUUUUUUUCCUUUUAUGAAAGAUUGUUUAUACUAUGAUGUUCUUGAAUUACCUUUUUGCAUCAAGCUGUUCGAUUGAAUCAGAGUACUCUUUCUUUGUCUGCUUUGAAUUUGUAUGACACACUGUCUCAGAAAAGAAAAAGAAUAUUGCCUUUGUUUCAGACUUUGUCACUGUGGUUCUUUGUAAAUUCAAGAUCAAGACACAAUAUCAACAGAUUUUAUCUGCACAAAUGAUUUUUUUUUUCUUUUUGCCAAUUACAUCAAUUAAACCGCCGGGUGAUGAAAAACAAUACCGCAAACUCUUGUAAGAA